AAGUGGAGACCGGCACAAGGGCCCCGUAAAUCAUGUCCCGUGUGCCAAGGUGAGAUCGAGGCAGGCCACCAGACAGCAGAAGGCAAGUGGUAAAACCGUAAAGGAGGGCAUGCACCGAUGCAUGGCAAUGUAUUGAAGUCUCGCAGGACCAAUUAAUUAAUCGGUCAGUCUAACUAAUAAUGUAUAGAAGAUGGGCAGUGACAAUGAAAAGCCCAGCGGACACAAGAGAUGUGGUAGUAGAGGUAUAGCAAUUGUUGGGGUAAUCUUGGGUGGUGUGGUAUUGGUUCUCUGGAGCCAAGGAUCGGCUUUGUUGAAACCGCUUUACAGCCGAGGGAAAUCCAAACAACCAUUGCUACGUUCCAGCAGUAGCAGUAACACCACGCUGUCACGACAUGAUCAAUUUGCCAAUGUCUACCGAAAUGCACAAGAUACCUAUGAUACCGAACGACUACUCAGCAAUGAACAGCAACAGAAAGAAGAAGAAUCGGAUACUACAACCCAUCGGCAUCAUCAUCCUCUGAUUUGGAAUAAAGCUUCCAAAGAGAAAAUGAAGAAAAAGCCAUUGACCCAUGAUUUCUACGAUAUCCUCAAAAUGGAACAAGGACUCAUGGAUCAGGGAUUUGCCAAACCAGAUGCCUUUCAUGAACUGCACAAGGAAUAUCUAGACAUCAAGGCAUACAAUGCCAGACAAAAGCAAGUGAAACGACAAGUACAAAGAGCGGCUCCCCAGCGACUAACUAACUAGCCAGAAAUGGAAAGAAACGGGGGUAGAUAACACGAAGGAAAUUCUUUAGCAGCAAGAAAUCAUCAUCACUGGGGACCGCAGUGAUGUGUGCAUUGGUUGGGGUUACCGGUAUCUUUAAUUAAAGGUAAAAAGUGCCUCCAAAACGAUCU